AUGGCUUGGUUUGCUGUAACUUCACUGAUGCGAACAAUAGAGCUCGAGUUCCUGCAACCUUAUCCACGUCUUGUUCUUGACUACACAGAGGCAGAAGCAGUGGAAGCUCUCCAUCGAAGGCUUGCUCAGUUGCUAGCGUUUCUUGAUAAUCAUUCUGAGAAUCAAUUAAAUGAUGAUGACGACACGACCAAAGAGUGGAAAGGGAGAAUUAAAGAGGUUGCACUAAGAAUAGAAGAAGAAAUUGAAUCACAAAUAAUAAUUGAUGUUUGUGGCAGAGAGGACCCGAGAAGGCGAUUCCUUGGAAGAGUUGACGACUACAUACAACCUCAAAGAUUCCUUCCAACCUUGCAAAAUGGCACCCGAGAGUUUAUGGAGUUGGUGAAGAACAAACAGCCGAUGAAAGAUUUGCAAAUAAAAGAUGAUGAGAUUCCUUCUUCCUCCAGUGAAAAGAUUGAGCAUUAUCAUCAUUCUGCUGGUUCAAAGCUGCUUCGGAGCACAACAAUGGUAGGACAUGAUGACGAAGUGAAUCUGAUAAAGGAGCUACUUCUUCAAGAUUCACCCAAGAAAGAAAGGCGGGUUGUGCCCAUUGUUGGCAUGGGAGGUAUAGGCAAGACAAAGCUUGUUCAAACAUUGUAUGAAGAUCUAACAGUUACAUCUCAUUUUGACGUUGUUGCGUGGACAACUGUGUCUGCACAAUCUGACAUGCGACAGAUGCUUCUUCAGCUCUUGUCUAUAAUCACCCAGGAAGUGAAUGUCAUCUAUAAAAGCAACGAAGAACUAGCAGACCUAUUACGUAGACGCUUAAUGGGUCGGAGGUAUCUCAUUGUUGUAGAUGAUUUGUGGAGCACAGGCUUCUGGGAUGAAAUCCAAAGGUGCUUCCCAGAAAAUAGUAAUGGAAGUCGAAUAUUGGUGACCACUCGACUUCAACAAGUGGCCAUUUCUACAGGAGGAUCACAUAAUUAUUGGCUAAACUUGCCUUUCCUAAAUCCAGAUGAAAGUUGGGAAUUAUUUAAUCAGAGGAUUCUCAAUUAUGGAAGCUUAAGCUUGCCUAUGAAACUUGAAGGGAUAUGGAGAUACAUUGUAGAGUAUUGUAAAGGAUUGCCGCUUGCAAUUGUGAUAGUUGCAGGACUUGUACAAGCCACCAAUGAGUCACUAUGGGAAUCUGAAUCAGAGGAGAUUGAGAAAAUAUUAUGUGCCACUGUGACCAACGGCCUUCUUGAUAGUUUUUCAGAGAUUCUCAGGUUGAGUUACAACCACUUACCUAAUGUCUUGAAAGUUUGUUUCUUAUAUCUGGGAGUUUUUCGGGAAGAUAGUGCAAUCCCUAUGAAAAAACUUAUUAGAUUAUGGAUAGCAGAAGGGUUUGUGAAGGUCGAAGAUGAAAGGAGCUUAGAAGAAGUUGGUGAGGAUUACUUAAAGGAUCUUGUAUCUAGGAGUUUAGUUUUGAUUGACAGUUUGAGCUUAGAUGGCAAGAUUAAGUCAUGUAAGGUGCACGACAUUGUACAUGACUUUUGUAGGAAUGAAGCAACGAAGGAGGGCCUCCUACAUGUUGCAAGUAGAUAUUCAUCUGUAACUGUAAGGACGACUGAACGUUGGUUAAGUUUAGAAUCAAUGUAUCCUAAACUUGAUGUGCACACUGGCUUCAACAGGUAUGGUUCCCUCUUUUGCUUUCAUGAUGAUGAUGAUCAUACGACUCCUCAAGUUUAUCAACUUCCUGAAACCCCUUAUUUCAAGAGAUUGAGAGUACUAGAUUUAGGUUCUCUCCACUUCAUUAAUGGUAUACCUUCAUGUGUUGCGGAUCUAAUUCUUUUGAGAUACCUAGCUCUGUGCCCAUCCAAGUCUCUUAACAGUUUACCUGUGUUAAAGGAUUGGAAUUUACAAACUCUUGUGCUUUUAGGAAAUAGGGGUGGCAGUACAAGUACAGACCCCAACCCAUUGAUACCUGCUCAAAUUUGGGAGUUGAGAAAGUUGAGACAUCUCCAAGUUUGCACAACAUUUGUGUUUGGUACUCCAACUGAGGUUCAUCAAUACAUACAGACAGUUCAAUGGUUGCGCCCAUUCCAAUGUACAGAGCAAGUGUUUUUGAGGAUUCCGAAUGCAAAAGUGAUGGGGAUUUUGAUUGACAUCCGUGUGGAAUUUGGAGAGCCGAAUUGUUUGGAUAAUUUGAGGUGUUUACAUCAACUUGAGGAACUAAAAAUUAAAACCAGACACUUUUAUCCUGUUUUACUUCCAGAUGUGGAUGCUUUUCCAGUACAGCUCAAAAAGUUGAAACUGAGGGGAACUUCGCUGCCAUGGGACUCUAUGAAAGUUAUUGGUAUGUUGCCUAACCUCCAGGUGCUUAAACUUAAAAAUAGAGCUUGCCGAGGAAAAUAUUGGGAUUGGAAACCAACUGGAGAUAGUUUUCCUCGGUUAAAAUCGUUGCUUAUUUAUACAUCAUAUUUGACGUACUGGUAUGCCACUGGUAAUGGUUUCCCUGUCCUUGAGCGUCUAAUUAUCAAACAAUGUUAUGGAUUGGAAGCAAUCCCUUCUAGUUUUGAAGAUAUCGACACUCUACAGUUGAUUGAGUUGUCUCAUUGUUAUUUACCGCUUGUCAACUCUGCCAAACAAAUACAAGAAGUUCAGAGAGAUUAUGGAAAUGAACAACUUGUUGUCCGUGCCUACAAUAUUUGGAGACGCUGA